GCAACCUUCUGACAAUGUCUCGCUUCAGUACAAGCGGACAACACAGCCCUCUCAUAGGAUGAGGUACGAGUGCAAGAGAGAAGCUAAAUAAAGCACUGGGUGCUUGAGUUGUUUUAUGUCAGUUCCAUGUAGCCUACUCUUCCAGACCUAUACAGUGGUUGGCGUUUGGAUGAAUCAAAAGGCAUAUUUGAGAAAAGUAUAGAAGGAUUGUUUGAGCAGCUCUCAGCUCUGAGCACAGAGCAGGCAUGUCCCGAAGGAAACAAAGCAAUCCAAGGCAAUUUAAACGUGAAGAAGAUGGUGGUCAAUCAAAAUCACAGGAUGAUGAUGGACACAGUGGGAAGUCAGAAGUCAGGCUACAGAAAGAUGAAGAGUGGGACGGCCCAAGAGAGCUGGAGAUUCUCUAUGACGGUACAGAGCGGCGGACACGUUUUCGCCAGGCACUCCCUGUGGACACCACAUGGGGUCCUUUCGAGGGGAAGAUCGAAAUGACCACAGCAGGAAGUGACAUGAGCGCUCUGUCUCCAAAGCAGCCUGUUCCUGUGGUUCUGACUGGCGGUCCCAGGUGGCUUCAGGAUGUCACCUGGCUGGCAGCAGAAGAUGGCAAGAGCAAUUGUGUUGUGUACAGCAUAGGUGGACAACUUUGGUGCACUACAACCAAACCCAUCAUGGAAGGAGAGGAGUUAGCUGCGUUUGCUGUGGACUUCUACUCCCGUCUCCAGGCAGUCAACCAGGCAGCUCUCUCUGAGAGGAUAAACCCAUCCAGAUUACUGGACUCCAUCCGACUAUUGCCCCAACAGGCCAACAUGGCCUCCAUACUUCCCAACGCUAUGGUUAACAGUGCUAAAGUGGAGGCGGCGGUGUCCACUGGAGACGGCACAAUGAAAUGCACAGAGUUUGACCACACAGCGGACUCUCUCCCCAGCCUCCAGAAGCACAUUCUCUCCCACUUGUCUCAGACAGGCUACCGGUGCUCCCACUGCCACUUCAGCUUCACCUCCCCUAGGGAACUGGACAAGCACCACGAGAUCCACAGACACAGUUUCUCUUACAGUGUCAAAUUGGAGCCCUCUAGCCCUCGCCAGGCAUCCUCGUCCAUCCAGAACAACAUGGUCCCCGCUGCUUUCCCCAUGGGGCUGUUCUUAUCCCAUUUCCCCUACUCACAGGACUUACGAGCUGCCCCCCAGGCCUCGGAGAUCCUGGCUAAGAUGUCUGAGUUGGUCCACCAUAGACUGAGGCAUGUAGGUACUAACCACUACCCCGCUCAUGUCAUGUACAGCACCCUUGUCCCCAAAGGGGCCAUGUGUUUCGAAUGCAACAUCACUUUCGGGAACUUGGACAACUACUUAAUUCAUAAAAAGCACUACUGUAAUAGUGGUUGGCAACAUGUGGCUAAGCCACAUGAUUACACCAGUGUCCUGGACAAAGUGACUGACACAGGGAGCCCUAAAAGUGGGGGAUUGGGUGGGUUGGGCAGCCUGAACAUGAGUCAGGGUCAUCUAUCUGACCCCAACAGUCAUCUCACUUCCCCGUGCCUGAACCUGUCAGGACUAGACCUGUUCACCAUUGGGGAGGGGAAGGCACAGGUACAGGCUGAGCUCCCAGGUACUGUGAAGAACCCUUCCAUCCCCACCAGAACAGAUGACAACCCCUCCAUACAGGCAGACGUGACAAGUCCCAAAGCAUCUCAAACGCCUAAGACAGAAAUCUUAGACCCUAACAAGACAACGUGCGAGCCCUGUAAGAUCACCUUCAGUCGUACAGAGACCUAUAUGGUUCACAAGCAGUAUUACUGCGCCACGCGACAUGACCCACUCAUGAAACGAGCGCAAAGCAACAAACUGCCUGCCACCCAGAGAACGGUGCGUUCACGGAAACGGAAGAAGAACUUCAAAAUGAACAUUCCCAACCACGAACAACAGAGGUCUUCCAUGAAUCACCAUCCACAUUACUUUGGGAUAGCAUCCACUGGAGGACCAGGCAUGUGCCAAGACCCAAGGGAGCUAUUCGGUAAACAGCUUCACCCCAUAUACAACAUGUUCCUUGGCAUGGUUCCUAAGCAUCCAGAGGCUAAUCUCCCUUUCACUAAAUCAGCUCUGAUAUCUAAGUGCAACGCCAUAGCACAAGAUGAACUGGAUAACGCUAUUGAUCUCAGUAAAACGUGUUCAUCAUCAAGCCCUGGUAAAUUCUAUACCACCCAUAAAAGACUCAUGGACUAUCACGAGUGCACAGUGUGCAAGAUCAGCUUCAACAAAGUGGAAGACUACCUUGCACACAAACGGAGCUCUUGCCCAGUCACUGCUCCAGAUCGCAAAACAUCUGCGGUCGUAAAAAGAGGAGGGUUUAACAACCCAGUAGAUGACAAUGAUACAAACUUGGGUAAAAGUGUUACCAAUGGAGCCCGCGAGGUGUUCUUGCAAAUAGGUAGCACCAAUGGGGAUCAGCUUGCUGUCAUCAAAGAGGAAAGCACGGAUGAGUUUCUGUCCCAAGAAUUUAGCCCUCUUUUAUUUUAAAAAAUGAGACUUGACGAACAUAUUUCAAUCUUUUAUAGAAUCAAGCCUGCCGACUACACCACAGGUACAGUGGUGAUGCAGAGAGAGCUCAGCGAGCUGAGACAACGCCCCAAUGAAGGGAGUGAGGUGGAAAAAGAUCAGCCUAUGCCUGAUGGCUACCAGGAAACACAAGGUGUUUUGCCUCAAAAUGGCCCCCAGGAGCCUGAGGACAUGGUCAUAGACACAGAGAACACACUCCAAGACAACAAGCUUGUGAACUCCCAUCUCCCAGACAGCCACGUAUCAUCCUUGUCAGAUUCAGAGAGUCCUGUCAGUGUCAACUCCAAGAAGAGCACUUCCUCAUCCUUAUCCUCCCCAGCACAAUCUAAGACAGAGGAUGUACCACCUUCCUGUGUGAAAAGAGGCCUUAACGGCUCCAUCCAGGCAACAAAGUGUAGUGUCAAAUACUGCCUCCCCUGCGACAUCCAGUUCAACAACCUGUCCAACUUCAUAACACACAAGAAGUUCUACUGCUCGUCACACACCGCCGAGCACGUCAAAUGACUGUGGUUCAGUGGCCAGUCUCUCUCCUCUUAAACCUGCCACACACAGGUUAAAUACAGCACUGCUGGUGAACAAUCAAGAGUACCAUCUCCCUUCAGUUUGAUAGCAAAAUGCAAUGUUUGUUGGACAAAAAAGUUGUCAUAUUUUCUGCCAUCUUUGUGAUGUAUUUAUUGUAUUAAGAUUUUAAUAUAUAUUUAAUUGAAAAACAAUGUUAAUUCUAAAACCUUGUGUCAUACGCACAGAGAAUUGUUGACUUUUGAAUGCAUUUGUAUUGAUUAUGAAGAGAUGUUCAACAAAAACUCUUUGGUUGAAAAGACUCACAAGCACUAGUCUAUCCAUACAGAUUAUUAUUGAGUUUUAGGUCGUUUACCAUCAUGAAGUGAUACAAAUAAUACUGUUUUUGGAAUGAGCACAUGUUUGUUGAUGUUAAAUUUCACUGUAGAACUUUGUCAUGUACUUAAUGUGUAAAUUGUAUAUUCAUUUAAAUGUUUGGUUUACAAAACUUUUUUUUUUAAAGUGUACCUCUGUUGAUUUUUUUCUCCUUUUUUUAUCUCUAUUGCAGUAUUAUGAGAGUGAAUUAAUAUAUUUAUUUUGUCUGAUUUGAUGAAUUGUUGAUAAAAUGUUUGAGUGUUUUCAAUGAAGGUUGUGAUCAUUCCAAUGUAAAAAAAAUACAUUGUUAAUGUGUUGCUAUGCAUGCCUGUGUUCAGAAUGAAAUUCCUCAAAAUGUUUGAUAUUUUUACAUUGUGUUGUGGAAAUUAAAAUUAAAAUCUCAGGCCCAGCUUUCUUUAUGAUACCUAUCUACAGAUGUCUAUCUUCGUUCACAUUGAAACAAAGAAGCAACAAGAGGCAAGAUAUUAGAAACAAAUAACUUUGCCUAGUGGAGAUGGAGGAAACUGAAACUAAAACAUUAUGCUUAAAGAACUAUGCUUCCUCUUACAAAAUAUUGUUUGGUGAAUCAUGGCUGACUCCGUCAUUUGUAAAAAGUUUCAGUAAAUUAUUUUGGUAGCAUUUCUAUGAUUUAAAAAAAUAUAUAUACACUACUGUUCAAAAGUUUGGGGUCACUUAGAAAUUUGAAAAAAAAGCUAAUAUUUUGUCCAUUAAAAUAACAUCAAAUUGAUCAGAAAUACAGUGUAGACAUUGUUGUUGUAAAUGAGUUUUGUAGCUGGAAACGUCAGAUUUAACAUGGAAUAUCUACAUAGGCGUACAGAGGCCCAUUAUCAGCAACCAUCACUCCUGUGUUCCAAUGACACAUUGUGUUAGCUAAGUUUAUCAAUUUAAAAGGCUGAUUGAUCAUUAGAAAACCCUUUUGCAAUUAUGUUAGCACAGCUAAAAACUGUUGUCCUGAUUAAAGAAGCAAUAAAACUAGCCUUCUUUAGACUAGGUGAGUGUCUGGAGCAUCAGCAUUUAUGGGUUCGAUUACAGGCUCAAAAUGGCCAGAAACAAAGAACUUUCCUCUGAAACUCGUCAGUCUAUUUUUGUUCUGAGAAAUGAAGGCUAUUCCAUGCGAGAAAUUGCCAAGAAACUGAAAAUCUCGUACAACGCUGUGUAAUACUCACUUCACAGAUUAGCGCAAACUGGCCCUAACCAAAAUAGAAAGAGUAGCAAGAGGACAAGUACAUUAGAGUGACUAGUUUGAGAAACAGACGCCUCACAAGUCCUCAACAGACAGCUUCAUUAAAUAGUACUCGCAAAACACCAGUCUCAACGUCAACAGUGAAGACGCGACUCCGGGAUGCUGGCCUUCUAGUCAGAGUUGCAAAGAAAAUGCCAUAUCUCAGAAUGGCCAAUAAAAAGAAAAGAUUAAGAUGGGAAAAAGAACAGACACUGGACAGAGACACAUUUAAAAGGCUCUGAAGGCUCAUUGUGCAGCGAUAUGCCAUCCCAUCUGGUUUGUGCUUUGUGGGACUAUUAUUUGUUUUUCAACAGGACAAUGACCCAAUGGAGAGCUGAAUUAGAUGACCUGGCCUCCACAAUCAUCAACCCAAUUGAGAUGGUUUGGGAUGAGUUGGACCGCAGAGUGAAGGAAAAGCAGCCAACAAGGGCUCAGCAUAUGUGGAAACUCCUAUUGGAAAAACUCCUGUUGGAAAAGCAUUCCAGGUGUAGCUGGUUGAGAGAAUGCCAAGAUUGUGGAGCAGGUUGAGAGCUUCAAGAUCCUUGGUGUCCACAUCACCAACAAACUAGAUUAGCAACUGAUCGGAUUACUCUACCAGUUCGUGGUGAGUAAUCGCUGUUCUGAUGUCCAGAAGUUAUUUUCGGUCAUAAGAGCUGGUAGCAGCAACAUUAUGUACAAAAUAAGUUUCAAAGUAAUUUACAAACAAAGGGAAAAAAUGAACAAAAUAACACAGUUGGUUAGGAGCACGUAAAACGUCAGCCAUCCUCACCGGCGCCAUUCAGGUGUUAAACAGUUGUUCCAUCCCCACGCCCAACUCAAGAGAAGGCUUCAAAAUUGCUAAAUUGAGCAAGAAAGGGGAGAUUUGCUUAACCAAUGUCAAGUCCUAGUUGAUGGAGCUCAUAUACACCCCUUUCCCCUGAAACACACACAAGCUGUGACCAUUUUCCCAAGGGUCUCUGAGCAUUAAGACCUUUUCAUUAUUUUGUGCCACCAGGGGCACAAUAAUUUCUCUGAUUCUGAUUAUCCGAGUGUGACCCCCUCCCCAAGAGUUCCUGCAGCUAGUGUUGCCAGCUUUACCACUACCUGGGUAGGGGUCUACACUGGGAUUCCCACAGGCUAGGUACAACACUAUACACGUCAGCUAUUACAGCGACUGAAAUAAAUGCAACGCUUAACAAAGAGUUGCAGUUAGUUUCAGAGUGGGUGGCAAAGAAUAAGUUAGCCCUAAAUAUUUCUAAGACUAAAAGCAUUGUAUUUUGGACAAAACAUUCACUAAACACUAAAUCUCAACUAAAUCUUGUAAAAAAUAAUGUGGAAAUUGAGCAAGUUGAGAUGACUAAACUGCUUAGAGUAACCCUAGAUUGUAAAUCGGAGUAACCCUAGAUUGGCCUCUAGGCGUCACUGAACUGUCUCAUUACACACACCUGAUUACAAUUCCCCUGAUUAGUAAUUGCAUGUAGUAUGUGCUCCCUGUUCACCAUUGUGUUGUCAGUUAUUGUUCCCAUGUCAGUUGGUCUUGUGAGUACCUGUGCUUUGUUGUUUCGGCUUUCGUGUUUUGUGGUCUUGUUAUUACGGGUCAUGUCCCGUGUAUUGUUGUGCACUUGUUAUUACGGGUCUCGUCCCGUGUAUUUAUUAGAGGUUUAACCUCGCUCUUUUGUUUCGGUUAUAUCCCUGUGUUUUUGUAUACGUGUUUGUUUUGGACUUUGUACCCCGUGCCUUUCAUGGCAUGUUGUAUUUUUGGGUGGAGUAUUAAAAAAAACCUAUUACGUA